CUGUCCUGAGCCUGGCCUGCCUGCUGCAUGGGGCUCAUCUGUACCUGUUGCUGCAGAUCAACACCAGCGCAGAGAGACACUGGCUACACAUCAGCUCGGAUGCGUCCCGCCUGGCUGUCAUCUGGAAAUAUGGCGGCAUCUACUUGGACACCGACGUCAUCUCCAUCAGGCCAAUCCCGGAGGAGAACUUUUUGGCUGCACAGGGCUCUCGUGACUCUAGUAAUGGGGUAUUUGGGUUUCUCCCUCACCACCCUUUCCUAUGGGGAUGCAUGGAAAACUUUGUGGAACACUAUAAUUCAGACAUUUGGGGCAACCAGGGCCCCAAUUUGAUGACAAGGAUGUUGAGGGUAUGGUGCAAACUCGGAGACUUCCAGGAGGUGAGUGAUCUCAGGUGUCUGAACAUAUCCUUCCUACACCCCCAGAGAUUUUACCCCAUUUCCUACGCAAAGUGGAGGCGCUACUAUGCCAUCUGGGAUACAGAGCCAAGUUUCAAUGACUCUUAUGCCUUGCAUUUGUGGAACUACAUGAACCAGGAAAGGAAGACCGUGGUUAGAGGAAGCAACACAUUGGUGGAAAAUCUCUACCGCAAGCAUUGUCCCAGGACUUACAGGAACCUGAUUCGAGGUCCACAAGAGCCGGUGACUCGAGACCUGGAUCCAGGCAAUAAAUAGAUUUGACACUGGGUUGCUGCUG